UAUUCCUUGAAGGCUGAGCUGAAUAGGAUGGGAGGAAGACAUCGGAUGUGAAUGCCAGCGAAUCGGUCAUUGGCCGUGGCAAGCCAACUCCGCCAGUAGCCGCUAGGUGUCGCCCUGGUCAGUGAUGAUUAGCCGCUCCCAGAGAAGCCAAGGUUGGACAGCUCACCGCCAGAUGCCACUACAGUGACGCUUUCAGCGCCUGCCGACAGAUGUCGGGCCGGUCGCCAGGUGUGCUCGCCGGCGGCGGCUCCGCCCAGCUCAGCCGGUCAGUUCCCGACCAGUCAGCAGCUCCGAGGCGCGUGUCCGCUACCCUCAUCACACACCUCAACCAUGAACUCCGUGCUCUCGACGCUGGGGUUCGGCACGCGCUACUGUGUGGUCAGUGACGACCACGAGCGGCCCGAGGUGUACUCGGACGACCACUCCCGGGCGCCCCAGUCGGCCAUCGAGCGGCUCACCGACUUCGACACCCUCUACGACAAGUUCUCGUCGGGAUCGGCGCGGGUCGGGCGAGCGACGGAGGAGGAGUCGCCGCGGGUCCGACGGCGACAGGACGCCUCCUCGCCCGGACAGACGGUCCUAGCCCUGUUCGACCGGCUCGCCCAGCGCCACAGCCGGACAGAGAUCAACUCCUUCGACCGGCAGUUCCCGCUCAGCGGGCGACCGGAGCCGUCAGGGGCCCGUCUGGCUGAGAGUCGACCCUCCGAGUCACCCCGCGCCUGGGUUCCGUUCGACAGGUCGGCCGAGGCGGCUCCGGACUGGCACCUGCCGCGCGUCUCCAGCCCCAGUCCCAGCCCCAGCGUGGGCUCCAGCUCCAGCGCCAGCUCCGGGCCCGGUCAGAGCUCCAGCUCCGCAGCCGAGGUCGGCUGUCCACACGAGGGUCUGCUGAUCGACCUCAGCGAGUGAAGGAGUGUCGACGGAGAGACGGACUUAGUGAGACACAAUGUGAGACUUUGUGAGACACAGCGCGUGAGGCUACAGACUCUGAGACAGUUGACUCAGUGAGAUAGCUGACUCAGUGAGACACUGAACUCAGUAAGACAUUGUGAGUAAUAGAGCAUCGCAAUGAGACUCGUCUCUGAGACCUCUAAGACACGGUGAUUCCAUGUGAGACAGUCUGAGACAGGAUCUGAGACACUGACCGAGUCUGAGGCAGCUCCGGUCGAGGAGACUCCCACCAGACUCGUGCCGUCCAGUGUCCGUGCGCCCGCACCCAGACCACACCACACAGUAUGACCGCGGCCCGAUCAGGAGCCGGUCCUGACAUCAUCUCCGCCCGCGAUGGAAACGCCCAGACGGUAAUCUGCCCACCUCAUCAGCUGAGCUCAACUCACCGGUCGACUCGCCGGUCGAUUCGCGAGUCAUGAGUCAUGACUCAUACCGGAGAGGCGAGUCGACUCCGCUGUCUGCCGUCACGGCGGGGUAUUGUGGCGGCGGUAGACCAACAGCGGCGUCUCCAGACGCCGUACAGGCGAAUCGAUGCCGGCCGUGGCCUUGCCAACACCUGUGAGGCGUGAUCGAAGUCUCCAAACGGUUCUCAAGAGACAAUAAAGCUAUCCUCCACAGCUGGCGACCGACGGCGAGACGGGCAGUGAAAGGAAAAUCUAAAAACUGCAGCCGUGGCGUAACGCAGGACCGGCGCUCAUGCGAACAUUCUGCAGCGCCCGCCAGCCUCUGGACGCGUAUUUCCCUCGAGGGGUGCGCGGUGUGGGAAAGACGUGGGAACUCUGUGACCGAGCUUCGCUGUAAAGACGAGGUAACUGGCAGUUUUCCUGUUCUGAGAGCGGUGUGUGCACGUGCAGUGCUCGACGGCGUUCCUCUGUGAUGUCGGGCCGUCCCCGGUGUGCUGCUAUAGAUUAUGCGAUAGGAGCCAUGUACCGCCCCUGUUCAAUGUCGAAAUGUCUGCUGGCGUCGUGAGCUUCUUUGAAUGUCGGGGCGUCGUCAUAGACUUGGAGAGACAAACCUACGAUCUAGAACGAAUUAUGUCGCGUGUUGCAUGCGAUGCUGUGAUGAAAUCGCACUCUGCAUCUAUCAUUUUCCAUAUUUGUUUCGUAUUUAUAAUUUGACUAUUAACUAUUCCCUUUUAGCACAUAUUUUCGCUGAAGUGAUGUAUGAAGCUGGCCCCUAGGUAGCCGCUGCAAGCUUGCCGUGGCUGCAGACUGGCAAUGCCGACUCUGCGACGCCGGAGCUGUCAUGGUGACUAGUCAUUACCUUUAAGCUCCUUUUGUGGGGAUUGGGAUGCAGUUUGCAGUCGCGACAACCCACACCCGUGUCUCCCAGCUACAGUCGCGGGACAGUUUCGCGGAAAAUCUGCACCUCUACCCAUCUGCCAUUCCUGCCACGCCGCCUGUGUAUGGAUGAGAUGGUAAUUCUGUCCUGAGUCAGCGGUACCGCGGCGUGUAUUGUCACGUUCUGUGCCGAUGUCUGAACUGUUCUGGAGCGUUCCUCACCCUAUCCGACCAUCAACUGACGUCUUGUGCCGCACCUACGUCUAUUCGCUCUUGACGAUUUGGCGCGUCAGCGCUCUUUAAACUGACGUGACCUCCUCUGUUGCAUUAUGUAUCCAGCAUUCAGUGAACGCAGAUGAUGUGAUAAUUUCGGCGAAGCAUAGCCUAACGCCGAUGUCUGGCCGCCGUUUGACGUUCGCUCUUGCUGGAGUGAAUUCUAACUGACUCUGACUGCUAUCUCGUAAUUCGCAAUGUCCCGAUACAUAAAACUUCAGCCGCGCACACGAUGUUUGCAAAUAUGUGGAGGCCUCGCUGUUCGCUGUUGAACGUUUUCAGUUUCGGCUUGUGAUCUGUAAAAGACGUCGACUCGAGGACAGGGUUAACUCACAUAGAUAACUGCCAUGUAUACGGCUAGCUGGUGAAACUUUGACUGGUCUCUGAUCGUAUGGGUGGACCAGAAACUUCAGUGGACACACAACAGUGGCUUAUGAUUCCAGUCCACAUAAAGUGGACAGUGUCAUUUCUCAGUGGAUGCGAGCGAUGUCCGUGAGUCGGCUCUCCUGACGGCCAGGCCAGUGCAUCACUAUACUUCUCAUGUGUUUCGCAAACGUUCCUUGUCGUGCACUUGCGCUCUUUCACGUGCAUGUGGCGGGGAAGUACUUCCUGUUGCGCCAUGUAACGAUGUGUGUGGACAUUUGUCGAGUGCUCUUGUGUGGCGAUCUCUUGUUGCCUACGUCGAGUUAACUACUGAUUCGGCGUAGGUCCAUGAGUUGCCCCGGUGAGAUGUCGCGUUAUCUUCUAUUAUGUGACUGCCGUUCCGUUGCACACAACCCCGAUGCUACUCUGGUCUAUCGCACGUCGAUCGUUUCAUUAGAUGUCCGUUGAUGUUCCGUAUGCAUGUGUCAUACACGCCGAUAAUGCUUAGUGUGCUUGAGCGGUGUGGGAAGAAAUACACGGUGGUAUAUUUA